GUUUUGGCCUAGAUUUUCGCAACAAGUUUUUGUGGUCCUAGUUGAAGUGUUUUGAAGGAAAGAAACCGCAGCCAUGGGGAAGAAACCGGCGCAGAAGAUGACCAUGGCGGAUUUGGCCGCCAAGUUUGGUGGCAACAUGGCGGAGCAGCAGCUGCCUUCCCAAAGUGUCGGAAAGGACUUUGGCAAGGCGAAAGGCAAGGGCUUCCGCGACAUCGAUGGCGGCCGUGAGGCGGACGACUGGCGAAGCAGCGGCCCGCGCAAAGGAAAGGGCAAGGGCGACGGCGAGCCCAGUCGGGCCGACACCGGCGACUGGCGCGGCGGUGGUAGGGACGACCGCGGUGAUCGCGGUGGCGACCGCGGCGGAUUUGGCGGGGACCGCGGCGGCUUUGGCGGCGACCGCGGCGGCGGCGGCGGAUUUGGCCGUCGGGACCGAGAGGACACCACCCAGGCCGGAAAGGACGACGAUUGGCGAGGUAGCAUGGGUCGCCGCGACGACGACGACCGGCGCGGCGGCUUCGGUGAUCGGAGAAACUUCGACGGCCGGGGCGACCGUGGCGACCGUGGAGGCGAUCGUGGAGGCGAUCGAGGAGGCGAUCGAGGAGGUAGCCGCGCCGAUGAAGGCAAUUGGCGGUCCGGCGGCGGUGGCGGCGGCGGCGGAGACGAGCGGCCACGGCUGAACUUGAAGCCUCGAAGCAAGCCGAUUACUGAAGGCGGUGAGGCUCCCAGAAUAGAGGAUGAGGAGCCUAAGGAUAGCGAAGACAAGAAGCCUGCGGCUGCAUUAGGCGGCACUGGCGGCAAGUUUAUCCCUUCUGCAAAGCUCAGGGAGAUGAAAGAGGAGGCGGCGAAGAAGGAACAGCGCGACAGGGAACAGGAAGACCGCCGGAACAAGCAGCGGGAGAUGGACAGGCAGAUGGAGGAGGAGAAGGAGCGAAAGAAAGAAGAAAUUCGCAGCAGACAGAAGGCAGAGGAGGAGCGCAGGCAUCGGGAGGAGGAAGCGCGCAAGGAAAAGAAGCGCGAGGAAGAAGCCAGAAAGGCCGAGGCCGACAAGCAGCGCAAGUUGGAGAUGAAAGUGGCCAAAGAGGCCGAAGCAAAAGAGAAGAGAGAGGCAUUGAAGAGUGCGAGCCAAGCCCAGAAGAAAUCCUCCCAGAAUUCGGGCAAAAAGCAGGUCUUCGAUGCCUCCAAGAUCACCAGCUUCGUUGAGACCUGCCAGGAGCUCGUCAAGGAGGAUGGCAACGUGGAGAAACUUGUCGAUGAGGUGGACGAACUGCUGACGGAGGAUGAGUGGAGCACGGUGCAUCCUAUCGCUCGUCUCAAUGAGAUGUUGAUGCAGCACUGCAGGGGCAAGCAGGACGAUGAGGUCUUUAGCUUGAUCAAGUCCUGGGCGCCCAUGCUCAACUGCCUGAUUGAGAAGUCGGGCAUCCGGCGAUUCAAGGUGAAGGUCCUCAUUGAGGCUCAGAGGGUUGCCAGCAAGAUGGGUUUGCCAAGGCUUUCUCCGGCAAGUGCCUUGCUUGAAGCCUUUUUCGAUGGCCUCUAUCGGGCGGAGGUCAUUGAGGAAGACUACUUCGAGAUGUGGGCCGUGGGAGACGAUGACACCGCCGGCAAGACCAGCGCCAUGUUCCAGGUGACAGCCUUCCUAGAUUGGAUGCGAGGCAUCGAGGAAGCUGCGCCGGAUCAGGAGGGUGAAGGUGAGGAAGAAGAAGAUGACGAAGAUGAUGAAGAAGUCGAAGAGGAUGAAAUUGAGGCGAAUGUGCCCACUUCAAGAAGGAGGUGAAGGACUGGCAUUUGCCGAAAAAACUUCCGAACGCGUCGUGACUACUGCGCGGUCUGGAAUAAAACUUGACCAAACUUC